CAGCGCAUCCUGGAGAAGUUGGCUCGCCUGGCCACCCUGGCGGAGGUGCCGAUGAAGGCCGUGACGGAGAACGAGUUGGAGAACAUGAACGCUGAGAGAAAAGCAGUGUUGCUGGACAUGCUCAACGUGCAAGUCCUGGCAGCUCCAGUGGCCGGUUUCGGGACCAAACGCUCCAUGCAGAUGGACUUUGAGGUUGAAUGGACUCAGAAGUGGGACCUGAACUUGCUGAAUGCCUCGCAAACUGAGAUGCAGGACUAUGUGACCUACAUGUUCUUCAGAUCUCAGUUCGGCGUGGCGUACCACUUCGUGGAGGAGUCGGUUUUCCAGCAGUUCGCACACAAUGUCGAGGCCAACUAUAAGGACGUGCCAUACCAUUGUUUCCCUCACGCCGUGGACGUGUUAUUCACCGUUUUUCGGCUUCUGCAGCUGACGCGCGCUGGCAAAUGGACGGGCGAGAUUGAGCAGUAUGCUCUGCUGGUGGCUUCCCUAUGCCAUGAUCUUGGCCAUUUCGGGAGAACCAACCAAUUCCUGGUGGAGAUCAAGCACGAACUCGCCUUGAGGUAUAACGACAAGUCGCCCCUGGAGAACAUGCACCGUGCCAUGCUCUUCCAGUUGUGCCAGCAUGGCGACACGGAUGUGUUUGCCUUUGCCACGCCGGAGCAGCAAAAGGAAGCCCGAAAGAUCGCCAUCGCGGCGAUUUUGCACACGGACAACGUGCAUCACUUCGACAUGGUCAAGGACGUGAGCGCCGUCUACGAGAUGGAGAGCGGGCUCUGUGAUUCACAGGCGAUUUCGCCAGAGGUGAUCACUCAGCCGUACCAUGAGAGAGUGCUGCAGGGCAAGAACAAGAUGAUGUGGCUGCAGCUGUUCCUACACUUUGCGGAUGUCUCAAAUCCUCUGAAGCCCUUCGACAUUUGCAUGUCUUGGGCAUGGCGGGUCCUCGACGAAUUCUUCGACCAGGGAGACGAGGAGAAGGACCUGGGAAUCCCCGUGGGGAUGUUGAACGACCGCCACAAGGUGAACCGUCCUGGCUCGCAACAUGGCUUCAUCAACUUUCUGGUGGCCCCUUUCGUUGCUGCCUCUGUCCGGGUCUUCCCGGGCUUGCAGCCCUUGCAUUCCCAGAUGAUCCGAAAUCUGGAGG